AUGAUUUGGCAUCCAGCCAAGACUAAGGAUACAGCGGCAUUGGUUUAUUGGUUAAAUUGGAGGGUUUUACUAUGUGGAAUUUGGAUCUCAUUUGCUGUGGUUAUAGCAUCAUAUUUGAUUUGGAAGUAUGAAGGUUCAAAUAGUUCAAGACCUGAUAGAGUUAGAGUUAAAUCUCAAGAAUUGUAUGAAGAUGAAGGUUGGCGGCCGUGUUUCAAAGAUCUUCAUCCUGCUUGGUUGAUGGCUUUUAGGAUUAUUGGAUUUGUUGUUCUACUGGCUUUGCUUGUUGCCAAUGCUAUUGUCGAUGGGGGUCGCACAUUCUACUUCUAUACCCAGUGGACGUUUGCACUGGUUAUCAUUUACUUUGGGCUUGGUUUUGUUAUCUCUGUUGAUGGAUGCUACAAAUAUCGUAAUAGAGUUGUAUCUGUUCAUGUCGAGGCGUUAGAUGCAGAACGAGGCAACUACAUUGCUCCCAGAAGACACGCAGAAAAUGUAAAUGGAAGCAAUGCAAUGAACAGUUCCGUUCUCAACGAACAACAUUCUGACCGAAAACAUGCUGGAAUGUUGGUUUAUGCUUUUCAAAUUAUUUUUCAGAUGAGUGCAGGAGCCGUAAUGCUCACAAAUGUCGUCUUUUGGUUCGUUAUGGUUCCGAUACUUACCAUCAAAGACUACAAACUGAAACCUAUGGUGGUUAGCAUGCAUUCAAUCGAUGCUGUUUUUUUCCUUGUUGAUGUGGCUUUGAACAGCAUGGGGUUCUCAUGGUUCCGGAUUUCCUAUUUCAUCUUAUUGUCAGCGACAUAUGUCAUUUUUCACUGGGUCAUUCAUGCUUGCGUAUCACUCUGGUGGCCUUACCCCUUUCUCGACGUAUCAUCCUCUUAUGCCCCAUUAUGGUACAUACUUUUAAGUUCUGCCACUUUGUUGAACUGA